AUGCAGGUGGAUGCCAUAUACGUCCUCCCCGACUCACAGCUUGUAGUUGAGCACCUCAACGAUGGAUACAAGGCCCGGGACCCAACCAUGUCAAAGUACCUAGCAGAGGUAAAAAGCCUGACCGUCAACUUCUCUCGCUUUACGUUAUCUAGGGUCCCAAGAAGUGAGAACGAGCGAGCAGAUGCGCUGGCUAAACUGGCAUCAAAGUCGGAUCCCGAAGCCCAGCCUGAGGUCGAGGAACUCCCUUUCCGAGCGAUCGCGAUCGCGGCUGUGUCCCCGGCCGACCUGCAGACUACGUGGGUACAGGAAAUGCUGCGCUACAAGCGGGACGGGAUCCUUCUCACCGACAAGGUCGCGGCUCGGCGCCUACGCCGUACGCAGGCGUGGUACUCCGAGAUGAAUGGACGGCUCUACAAGAGAUACUUAUACGAAAAUUCAAAAAUGAGGGAUGUUACAGGUUCUGGCCGAGGUCCACGAAGGGAUUUCUGGGGAACACAUCGGUGGGCGAACCUCGGCAUACAAGAUCCUUCGCCAAGGUGGGAAUUGGACCUCCUCGGACCUUUCCCGCUAGCCUCAGGGAAGCGGAGAUACAUCGUCGUGGGAGUGGAUUACUUCACCAAGAUUCAGCCGAGGUUUAGCUCGUUGGCCCACCCCCAGACGAACGGUCUGGCAGAGGUAACCAACCGAUCCAUUUUGGACGAGCUAAGAAGAAGAGCAUUCGUGGCUCGAUUGGCUUGGGUGGAUGAGCUCCCAAGCAUCUUGUGGUCCUUGCGGACCACCCCCAAAACCGCGAUUGGAGAAUCCCCCCACAGCCUUGCAUUCAGGACCGAGGCUGUCCUACCGCCCGAAGUGGUUUUCCCUAACCCUCGGAUGGAAAACUACGAGGAAAGGAUAACGAUCGAAGGACUUCAAGCCGGUCUCAACAUGCUCGAGGAGUGGCAUGCUGAUACACGCUUGAAAGCCCUCUCCUACAAGAGAACUGUCUCCAGAAUCUAUAACUGGAAGGUGCAUUCCCGAUCGAUUAAGUUGGGCGAUCUGGUCUUACGCAAAGUCGAAGUUAGCGACCCGACUCGAGCGCACGGCAAGCUCGCUCCCAACUAG